CCAACACAAUUUGCGCUGAUCUCAGCGUGUCGCUCCUUCUAAUCAAUUCAGAAUGGCUCGUCUUGGGCGACUCGGCUUCUUAGCCGUGGCGGUCGUUUUUCAUUUCACGUACAUAUACUCAAUCUUUGAUAUAUACUUCGUGAGUCCCAUCGUGGGUGGCAUGAGGGAGUUUAGUGUGCCAGGAGAGGCGCCGGCGCGAAGACUGGUGUUGUACGUUGGCGACGGUCUCCGAGCCGACAAAUGCUUCCAAUCAUUCCCUGAUCCCUCACCUUCGAAAAAUGAUACCGAUGCUCUCACCCCGCGACCGCUUACACCUUUUUUAAGAAAUAAGGUGUUGAAAGAGGGUACAUUUGGUGUUUCACAUACCCGCGUCCCUACCGAGUCCAGACCUGGACACGUUGCGCUCAUUGCCGGCUUAUAUGAGGACGUGUCGGCUGUGACGACAGGAUGGAAACUUAACCCUGUGAAUUUCGACAGUGUUUUCAAUAAAAGCAGGCACACGUGGAGUUGGGGCUCUCCAGAUAUUCUGCCCAUGUUCGAGAAAGGUGCUGUUCCUGGACGAGUCGAUGCGUUUACUUACGGCGCCGAAUAUGAGGAUUUUACGUCCAAUGCUGUUGAGCUCGACAUAUGGGUAUUUGACAGAGUUAAGGCUCUCUUUGAGGAGGCGAAGACGAAUCCAGACCUAGAUGCGCAACUACGCCAGGACAAGAUCGUUUUUUUCCUACAUCUGCUUGGUCUUGACACCACUGGACAUGGGUUCAGGCCAUACUCGAAAGAAUACUUGCAUAAUAUAAAGAUUGUAGAUCAGGGUGUAAAGGAGAUUACGGAGCUCAUAGACAACUUUUACAAUGAUGGCAAGACUGCAUAUGUCUUUACGGCUGACCACGGCAUGAGCGAUUGGGGAAGUCACGGAGAUGGCCAUCCUGACAAUACGCGAACUCCCCUCAUUACGUGGGGCUCUGGAAUAGCAAAGCCAGUCAAGAAGAUGCUUGGAACUGCACCUGGCCACGAAGAUGGCUUCUCGGCAGAUUGGGGCCUCAGCAAUAUACAGAGGCAUGAUGUUGCUCAAGCUGAUGUUGCAGCGCUCAUGGCAUAUUUGAUAGGGGUGCCAUUUCCCGUCAACUCGGUUGGCGAACUUCCUCUCUCAUAUCUCGCCGCGAGUCCUAAGGUCAAGGCAGAAGCGUUGCUUACCAACGCGAAAGGAAUUCUUGAAAUGUACAAGGUUAAGGAAGCUGAAAAGAAAGCGACAAAACUUCGCUAUCGACCAUUUUCAGGCUUUGGGGACGAGACACACUCCAUCGAGUAUCGAAUUGCGCAAAUUGAAACGUCUAUUGAGAAAAAUAGAGCCAGCGACGCGAUUGCACAAUGCAAGGAGCUCAUUCAUCUUGGCCUACAAGGGCUCCGUUACCUUCAAACAUACGACUGGCUGUUCCUCCGCGCUCUGGUCACACUAGGUUAUCUUGGUUGGAUUGUGUAUGCCGUCACACUUGUGAUCGACCUUCACGUACUGCAAGGCUCAACUGAGCCACAACGAACGGUUGUGAGCAACAUGGGUUUCUCUUCUGCGCUGGUCGCAUUAUUUUCACUGCUCUUUGUCCAAAAAUCCCCGAUCACGUAUUACAUUUAUGCUGUAUUCCCAGUCUUCUUCUGGGAAGAGGUAUUUGCUAGACGCAACGCAAUAAGCAGAGGAAAGGACAUUCUUUUUGGCUCAACCUCAACCAAGUCCAGUCCAGCUGGCAGUUUACUCAAAUUCCUAGGUUUUCUUGCACUCUUGGAAGUUUUGGUACAAAGUUACCAUCACCGUGAACUAUAUACAAUUUGUUAUCUUCUUGCGAUCGCAUGGCCAGCAUUUUACGGCACAGAAUUUUGCAAGAAACACGCGAUCCUAGUGCUAACUUGGAUGACUUCUUGUGCAUCAAUGAGUGUGUUCACACUUCUCCCGGCUAUGAAAGUUGAAAAUCCCACAUUAAUUUUUUCCGCGGGGGUUUUAAUGGGAGCCAUCGGAGUCAUGUACCUAGUAUUUGAGGAUCGCAUCGUCAAUCAGCUUGAAGGUGUCACAGUUGAACAGUCGCCUUUUGCUCGGACAAUUUUUGGACUACAGAUUGGCUUGGUCUUCCUCUCUAUGGUGGUAACGCGGUCAGGCAUCUCGUCAAUUAGUGCGAAGCAAGGCUUGCCAAUUGGCACGCAGAUUGUUGGAUGGCUCACAUUGAUCGCAUCUUUGACCGUACCCUUUUUACACGGCAUCGAGCCUAACAGCCACUACAUACACCGCCUUAUGGUCAUAUUCCUGACUUUCUCGCCACUCUUCAUCAUCCUGACGAUAUCCUACGAGGGCUAUUUCUAUAUUGCCUUCUGUGUGACGCUUGUCACAUGGGUGCGCCUUGAACACGCCAUCUAUGUUCAUACGACGAAAGCGGCUAUUCAAAAGACACAUGUAGUAAAGGGAAAGUCGAAUGGUCAGCCCAGCCCAUCUGGACGUGCUGGCCUGACUCCUGUCAAGCAAACUUCGGUUACAGCACAAGAUCAGCACCAGGCCGUCUCUACUGGCCAACACCGACCGCUCACUCUUGCUGACGCGCGCGUAGCACUGUUUUCGCUCUUCCUCCUACAGUCAGCAUUCUUCUCCACUGGCAACAUCGCUUCCGUCUCCUCGUUCUCCCUUGACGCUGUGUAUCGUUUGAUCCCCGUUUUCGACCCCUGGUCCCAAGGCGCGCUUCUUAUGUUCAAGAUUUUUGUUCCCUUCGUUGUACUAUCUGCCAACCUGGGAAUACUGAACCAUCGAUUAGGCGUGGCGCCAAGUGCGCUGUUCAUGAUUGUCAUGGCGAUUGGUGACGUUCUAACACUGUCCUUUUUCUGGAUGGUCAGGGACGAAGGCAGCUGGUUGGAUAUUGGAACUAGCAUCAGCCAUUUCUGUAUAGGUUCUGGCCUUUGUGUCUUCGUUAGCGGACUAGAGGUGGUGUCUGAAGUUUUCGUAAAAGGAGUGGAGUUCGGCGAUGACAGACCGGGAGUUGAAUUGGUAGGUAAUGGGACUACGGGAAACGAUAAAAAAGCCAACUGAGUUGAAACGAGCUCGGUUCUUAUUGUUAGAUGCAUAUCAAUCUAUAAUUUAUCA